AUGUGUGCAAAAAGAACAGAACUAAAGGCGACGAAAUCAAAGCAGGAGAAGGGUGGUAAACCCAACAUAUGCCCCUGGCUUUGCAACUUAGUUCCCUCAAAUGUCCCUAGUCCGGGUGCCGUACAAGCCGUUUUACAUCCCAGAAAAGAUGUCUUCAUUCUGAAGGUGGCUAAAGUAGGACCCAAUGGCGAUCGUCGUAGUAAAAUGGAAUUAGAGCUGGUGACUCCUAAAGGACCUGAAAAAACUGGCCCAUAUCGCUACGAUACUAGAGAAGCUCAGUGUGAUCCAGACCCACCUCCUUGUAUUUGCAAUAAGCAGAAGAAAAAAAAGAAA